GUGACGACGACGUCAACGUUUUCUUACUCUCACACUCUCUAUCACCCUCUCCACUUUGAUACCCUGCCCAAUUCAAAGGGGCAUCUACCUGGGUCAUAUUCACUGUCCCAGUCCUCUCUCCUCUUCAUCUCUUCUCACAUCUCCCACCAAUCCCCACUCAACCAACCUGACUCAUCAUGCAAAACGAUACCGUGACUGAUAUCAUCCUGGACGAAACGGCCUCUCCCAUGGAGGUGGAGGAUCCUCCAAAUGUGCACGACUAUGAGGCAUACGCUGCAAAAUCGAUGCCUGAUUUGGGACUGGAGAUUGAAGAUUUCCAAGCGCAGACAUGGCGCAUAGAACAUUGGAGCCAACAGCCAAAACGGAUCGUAGGACCAGAGUUUAGUUGUGGUGGACAUAAAUGGCGGAUCUUGCUGUUUCCUCAGGGUAACGCAAACGGCGUACCCAAUGACAUGGUUUCGGUCUAUCUCGACUAUGCCAACCCGAAGACUGCACCAGAAGGAUGGCACGCUUGUGCUCAAUUCUGUUUGGCCAUCUCAAAUCCUUUCGAUCCCACCGUACAAACAUCUUCCCAUGCGCAUCACCGUUUCGUCCUCGAAGAAUGUGAUUGGGGUUUCACCCGAUUCGUAGACAUCAGAAAACUUUACGUCCCGGAUGUUGCAAACGGCAAGACGAGACCUACCAUUGAGAAUGACGAGGUGGAGAUCACAGCUUUCGUUCGAGUCCUCAAAGAUCCAACAGGCGUAUUGUGGCACAACUUUGUCAACUAUGACUCGAAAAAAGAGACAGGAUAUGUCGGUCUUAAGAAUCAAGGCGCCACCUGUUACAUGAACUCCCUUCUUCAAUCCCUUUUCUGCACCAAUUACUUCCGAAAGGCUGUCUACCAGAUACCUACAGAUGGCGACAUACCUUCAGAAUCCUUGUCUUUGGCAUUGCAACGAGUCUUCUAUCAUCUUCAAACAUCAAAUCAGCCUGUCGGGACAAAUGAACUCACAAAGUCUUUCGGGUGGAAGUCACUUGACUCUUUCAUGCAACAUGACGUGCAAGAGUUUAGUCGAAUCCUGCAAGACAAAUUGGAGAUUAAGAUGAAGGGAACACCGGCCGAAGGCUCCAUUCCCAGAUUAUUCAAAGGGCAAAUGAAAAAUUACAUCAAGUGUAUCAACGUCGAUUUCGAGUCAUCGGUCGUCGAAGACUACUAUGACAUCCAACUCACCAUCAAAGGAAUAAAGAAUCUCCAUGAGUCGUUCAGAGACUAUAUCGCGGUCGAGACUUUGGACGGAGACAACAGAUAUCAGGCCGAGGGACUUGGUCUGCAAGAGGCGAAGAAGGGUGUCAUUUUCCGAUCAUUCCCACCGGUCUUACACCUUCAGCUACGAAGAUUCGAAUAUGAUAUAGACAAGGACGCUUUAGUGAAGAUCAACGAUCGCCAUGAGUUCCCCUUCGAGAUAGAUCUUGCGGAGUUCUUGGAGGACUCCGCCGAUCGCUCUGUCUCGCACAACUACAAACUUCACGGCGUUCUGGUCCACUCUGGUGAUCUUCACGGCGGGCACUAUUUUGCACUGAUCAAACCCGAGAAGGAUGGGCGAUGGUUUAAAUUCGAUGAUGAUCGUGUGACACCUGUGACCGACAAAGAGGUCCUGGAGGACAACUUUGGCGGAGACAUGAUCAACGGAGUGAUCCCUCAGCAUCAACGGGCACAGGCGAGGACUCUGAAAAAGUUUACAAACGCGUAUAUGUUGGUGUACAUCCGAGAAACCGAAUUAGACACUGUUAUGGCUCCCUUCACUGAGGCUGAUACUCCCCCUCAUCUUAAAGCCCGUUUGGAUGCUGAACGAGAGCAGCUCGAAGCCAAACGACGAGAGAAGGAUGAACAACAUUUGUACCUUACCGCAAAAGUCAUCACCGACGAGAUCUUUAGCCGUCAUCAAGGCUUUGAUCUUGCUUCAUUCGAUGAUAAGAAUCUCCCCGCCACCGAGCUGCCUACUUUCCGUGUAUUGAAGAACGAGACAUACAGCGUGUUCAAGCAGCGUAUCGCCACGUACUUCAAGAUCAACGAGCGUGAUUUCCGGCUUUGGGUGUUGGUCAAUCGUCAGAAUAAGACGAUCCGACCUGAUGUCCCGAUCAAUGAAUCCGAAGGUUCACAGACCAUGGAGAAUGUCCGAACCAACAUGGCGGCGCGGACAACUGACCUACGAUUGUAUCUCGAUUACAACCCUGACCAGAGCAAAUACGCGGCGGCUCAUGCAGACCCAUCCGGUCCACCCAUCAUGAUCUUCCUCAAGUGGUUUGACUGCUCAAGGCAGACGUUGCUUGGUGCCGGUAAAGUGCUCGUGCACAAGAACGACAAAGUUCAGUCGUUGCUUCCUCUCAUACAAGAGCGCAUGGGCUGGCCAUCAUCGACUCCGAUCAAGCUAUAUGAAGAGAUCAAAGCUGGUAUGAUCGAAGGCAUGAAGAUCAAACAGACCUUUUUGCAGAACGAGAUACAGGAUGGUGACAUCAUAACCUAUCAGGUGGAGAUGUCGGAGAAAGAGGUGCAAGAUCUGGAAGGGCAAUCGUUAUAUUCGAGUGUCCCGCAAUUUUACGAUUUCUUACAAAAUCGUGUCCUGGUGCAGUUCAAAUCACGGUAUGAAGACACCACUGGCAAAGUGCCGGACUUUGACCUUAUGUUGAGUAAGAAGAUGACAUACGAUGUGAUGGCCCACAGGGUGGGAGAUUACCUCAAACAUGACCCUCUGAAGCUGCGCUUCACAUCCUCCAACCCACAAAAUGGUUCUCCGAAGGCCGUCAUCAAACGUGCUCUCAAUCAAUCCGUCGCCGAUAUCACCCAAACUAAUUACUACUCGCAACAUCCUAAUGUUAUCGUAUAUUAUGAACUCCUCGACAUUUCCAUAAUUGAACUCGAGACGAAAAAGUCUCUCAAAGUCAUUUGGACGGGUAGACACAAUAAGGAAGAAACACCCCACAAAUUCCUCUUGCCAAAGACUACGACGUUCGCCGAUGUGGCAGACCAACUUGCCAGCGCGGUCAGGCCACCAUCUGACGGUAGCGGUAGAAUCCGGUUGUUUGACAUCAGUCAAAGCGGAAGAUCACAGAGGGAAUACACGGGUUCAGAGAUGAUCGGUAAUCUCAUCGAUCCCGCUGAAAUCUACGCAGAGGAGAUACCGCUGGAAGAAGUCAACGCUGAGGAUGGAACGAAGAUUGUCAACCUGUUUCAUUAUCACCGAGAUUUACAAAGAAUACAUGGCGUUCCUUGCAAGUUUGUUCUUCGCGAGGGCGAACCGUUUUCAGAAACUAAAGUGCGCUUACAAGAACGUCUCGGUCUCACAGAGAAGGAAUUUGCAAAAUAUAAAUUCGGUCUAGUCACCUCAACCAUAUUCAAACAACCUACGCCUGUGGAGGAAGAUGAUAUCCUGUAUGACCACAAAUGGACAGGAGAGGAUGCUAUUGGAUUGGAUCACCUGGAUAAGCGACCAAAUAAGAGCAGCGCUGAACGAGGUAUCGUCAUGAGAUAG